AUGGCAUCGUCUGAGCCUGACAACCUACCAAAUGACUACUCGAUAACAUCAGCAGGGGCCACACAAAUCUCUACACCUCCUGUUGCUCAGACAUUGCCAGACCAGUGCGUCAUCUGCCUCGACGUAAUCACUGAGAAGGCAAUCGCUUUACCCUGCCGUCAUGAACAGUUCGACUUCCCUUGCCUAGGCCAGUGGCUGCAGCAUCAGCAGGUGUGCCCAUUAUGUAAAGGCGAAGUCAAGGCGAUAAGAUAUGACGUUCAUGAGAAAGACAGCGGAGGUAGCAAGACAUUCUAUCUUCCGCCACCCGUUGAACAGACUGCGCCACGCAGUAAUAUCGAAGCCUUAGCUGUUCGUCACAGAUUUAGGCGAGCGAGACAUCAGCGGCACUUUUCAAGACCCUGGGACGGAGCACGGCCUGGUCAGCGACCACCUGGAGAAUCGCGCCGCACGGGUCUCGCCUUCCGCAAGGUCGUUUACCAACAUGGGCUCUUCUCCCUCCACGUCGGCUCAAACCGGAUCUCACGGUACAGAGCGAUCAAACCUACCUCUUUCCAACAGGACGACAAUCUAGUCUCUCGAGCGAGAGCGUUUGUCCGUCGCGAACUCUCUGUCUUUGACUUCCUCAGUCCCGACUCAGAAUCCUUGCCCUCUUCCUCCUCGUCGUCUUCGUCCACAGGUACACGUCGUGCCAAUAAUGCCGACUUCCUCCUCGAGUACAUCAUCUCGAUCCUGAAAUCCAUUGAUUUGAAGGGCAGUACUGGACAAGCAGAAGAGCUGUUGACAGACUUCCUGGGAAGAGACCAUGCACGGCUGUUCAUCCAUGAGUUACAAGCCUGGCUGAGAAGUCCAUACGAGAGACUCGAGGAUUGGGAUCGCAACGUUCAAUAUGCCGUCCCUGACAGUGCUCUGGAAGGCGAUGAUGCAAGCCAUUUGCACAUCCAAAAUGGCAAAUCUCAACAGCCGCUUCGCCAUGCAAGUGCAUCCGCGGGCGGCGUACCGAGAUGGUUUUCUGACCGAUUUGUUCUACGAGACAAAGCAAGGGCAACCUCAACAGCUAUACCGUGA